CGCGGCGCUGGGCGAGCGUUGUUCCAGUCAGUCAGUCGUAAGAUGGCGUUCUCGCUGCUGCUGCUGCCGCUGCUGCUCGCGGCGCCGGGACUGGCCAAAGUUCAGUACAAGGUCCACUGUUCAGAUGACACCAUGCAAGUGGAACUCCUAAUGACUGAAUCAAUGGGUGCUGUAUACUUAGAACAACUGAAACAUUAUCCUAAUCCAGCAUGCCAUCCAGAAACUGAAGGCAAUAAAUUGACUUUCAAUUUGUCAUUAAGUGAUGUUUACCAGUGUGGAGUGACUCGAGUGACAAAUGAAAUUACUGGACAAAAAAUAUAUUACCAUCGAAUUAUAGUUGAAAUGACAUCUGAAGAGCCCAAAGAAGUGAUUUUGGCAAAGUGUAUUGUCAAUUCGCAAGUGAACCACACCUUGACUAGGAGAAGUGUGCUGCCUGUGGGCUUUCAAGAAGCAGAUGCCUUAGAAGUGAGCUACACUUUUGAGCAGAAAGUUGAAGCACCUACAUUAGGAGUUGGUGUUCGUCAAGGAGGGCAACUUGUAACUGGAGAGUUGAAUGUGAAUCCAGGGACGCCGUUGCAAAUGGAAAUAUAUCUCGAUAAAGCCACUGCUCCAGUAUAUGGUCUUCUAGUCAGUUACAUGAUGGUAACAGAUACAAAAUCUCAGGAUGAGACUAUUAUUUUCAAUGGUUGCUCAGUUGACACGUACUUAUUUGAAAACUUCAAUACAGUUGAUGGUGAUUUUCUGUCAGCAAAAUUCAGAGCAUUCAAGUUUCCUCAGUCAACCUAUGUUGAGUUUAAGGGGACGGUGAAUGUCUGUCUUGAUAAAUGUCGUGGUGUGGAAUGUAGCAACGGUCAAAUAGGGUAUGGACGAAGGAAACGAGAAGUGCCUACUAUGGCACCUGAUCCAAACAAAGUAUUUGAAAUAACAAUGACAACAUUCAUUAAAGUUGAUUAUGAAGAAGAGGAAGUUGUUGACAAAGCUCAAUCUCCAGUUCCAGAACUUAAGGUGAAAAACGACACAAAGACACCACCCAAGAAGAUGAAUUCAUUUUACAAUGCUGAGCCAAAAACUCUUCUACAGCUUGAAAGUGAAGACAUUAGGGAUGAUGUAAAAUACAUUUUAAUCAAUGAAAAGAGCAGCGCUAGUAUUUUCACCUGUUCACUGAUUUUUGUCUCAGUAAUUGUGCUUCUCCUCUAAUGUGCUCUUGUUUCUCAAGUAUGUUAGACAGAGACAUCAUCACCGAAAAAGUUUUUUUCACAGUUUUUAAAUCACAGUACACUGUAUGUCCAGCAAUAUCACCUUCAAGAUGAAGGCCCAAGGAAACACAGACAGACCAUCAGUUAGUCAGUCAGUCAGUCACCAGUUCAUAAUUAGCGGAAGAACUGUCAGGAAAAUGUAAUUCAUUGACAAUUAAUGUGCACUGAAAGUGACUGACUGGUAAGCCUAAUGAAAACUGCCUAAAUUUUCCAAUAACACGAAUGAAAAAAGCCAUAUCACCUUUCAAAUAUUCCCAGGUCUUGUUAACUACUGUAGAUCCAAAUUAAAAAAAAAAGAAAGAAACAUUCACUAUGCAAAUAUUUGAAUGAGAAUAGUUUUUUACAUACUGAGGCAAAAUCAAAAAAAUGUUUAAUUAUUACACAAGAAUACACUUUCUGCCUAAGUUUCACAACUGUUUAUUUUACACAACUGAAGUUUCAAGUUUGAAGUCCUUUUUAAAAUGUGUCUUCAUGUGUAAUAAUUAUGAUGUUUCACCAAGACAAACAAUAAACUCAGUUUUUUUAAUUAUGUGAAAUA